AUGGAAAUCCAAACAUUGCAUCAAAAUAUACAUUGGAGUCCUGAUAUAGCACAACAACCAGCCUACGCUGCGGAUGAUAUUGAUUUUGAAAGCUCUAGCAGGUAUGUUUCUUCACUACUACUAUUAUUAGAUGAGCGCGAAUAUGUUCAGAAGAAAACCUUCACCAAAUGGGUCAAUUCACAUUUGGCUGCGGUAUCAUGCAGUAUUGAAGAUCUAUAUAUAGACAUGCGCGAUGGAAAGAUGCUUUUGAAACUCUUGGAAGUACUAUCGGGAGAAAGGCUUCCCAGACCAACAAGGGGAAAAAUGAGAAUUCAUUGCCUUGAAAAUGUUGACAAGUCUCUUAACUUUCUAGGUGAACAACAUGUGCACCUGGAAAAUGUUGGAGCACAUGACAUCGUUGAUGGCCAUGCUCGGCUCACACUUGGUCUUAUAUGGACAAUAAUUCUUCGUUUUCAGAUACAGGAUAUUAUGGUUGAGGAGUACCAAACUAGUGAGACCUUGUGUGCUAAAGACGCUCUUUUAUUGUGGUGUCAAAUGAAGACUGCCGGCUACAACAAUGUAAAUGUCAGGAAUUUCACGACAAGCUGGCGUGAUGGACUUGCAUUUAAUGCACUCAUCCACAAGCAUCGUCCCGAUCUCAUUGAAUAUUCCAAACUCUCGAAAGCUACACCAAUAGAAAACCUGAAUAAUGCCUUUAAUGUUGCAGAGAGCAAGCUUAAAAUCUCUUCUCUUUUGGAUGCUACAGAUGUAAAUAGAGAUCAGCCAGACGAAAAGUCCAUAAUUACUUAUGUUGUUGCCUAUUAUCAUCACUUCAACAGAGUCAAGGCUGCUACAGUUCAUUCUAAAAGAAUAGGAAAAGUCGUAAACCAGGCUAUUGAGGCUAAUGAGAUGAUUAAUCAGUAUGAACAGCUAACCUCUGAUCUGCUUGAUUGGAUUGCAAGUACUAUUACACUUUUGAAUGAUCGAAUCUUCGCCAAUUCUAUGAGUGGUGUGCAG